AGCCGUUUCGCAGAGAUGCUACAACACAGCGACGCGGUUGGCGUGGUCCUAUCGGCCGCUAGCAGCGAAGCCCGAACCUGUCGCGAGCAAGAAAGCGAGCGCAAACAAGAACAACACCAAAACUUAAGGCUCCUUUUUAGGAUGAUCCAUUUUGCUGCUCUUUACAGAGUGCUGUGUCUGCUUCUUGCAGAGUGUGUCUGCUUCUUCCAGAGUGUGCCUCCUUUAUCGACACUCGAGACUAAACUUGAUGACUCAUCCUUGACAGUAAUUUUUACUAGUUCCGCACCUACUUACAGAGUCGCGCGUCUGCUCAAAUAAUUCCAAAACGGAUUCUUGUUAUGGUAAUUAUUAUGAUGUAUAAUGUAUAAUUAUGGUAAAAAACCUAGAAUGAAUAAGCACGAAGAAGAUAAUUUAACCCGACCUCCAAGAAAUUACAGGCAAGAAAAGCAAAGGUGCUAGCAGAGGGAGUUUUGGAACCGUGGGUGACUUCGAUGAAUCCAGU